AUGAAAUCAACAGGACUUUUCGGUCUCUUUUUCCUGGUUACACUUGUGUUCGGCCAUGGAACUAACAGAAAGCAUUACAUAGUCUACAUGGGACAACACUCGCAUCCGAGCUCAGAGUCAGUCGUCACAGCCAACCAUGAAUUGCUCGCACCACUUCUUGAAAGUUAUAAUGGAGCAAAAGAAGCAUCAAUCCAUCAUUAUACUAAAAGUUUCAGAGGUUUUUCAGCUAUGCUUACACCUGAUCAAGCAACGAGACUUUCAGAAAACGAAGAUGUUGUUUCAGUCUUCGAGAGCAAAAUGAAUCAAUUACAUACGACUAAGUCAUGGAAAUUUCUAGGAGUAGAUUCUAUUCCACAAUAUAACAAGCUUCCCAUGGAUAUAAAAUCAAAUGUAAUUGUUGGUGUCGUUGACACAGGCGUUUGGCUGGAAUCAGAAAGCUUCAAUGACUAUGGAUUGGGGCCUGUACCAAUGAAGUUCAAGGGAGAAUGUGUUGUGGGACAAAAUUUCACACAAUCCAACUGCAACAGGAAGAUAAUAGGAGCUAGGUACUACUCAAAAGCAUUCGAAGCGAUAAGAGGACCUCUAGAGAACUUCAACCGUACUUUCUUCCGAUCGGUCCGAGAUACUGAUGGCCAUGGGACCCACACCGCCUCUACUAUUGCCGGAUCAAAAGUCUCAAGCGUCAGUUUAUACGGGCUAGCUUCGGGCACUGCCACAGGAGGCGUACCAAGUGCUAGACUUUCCAUCUACAAAGCUUGUUGGUUCAAUGACUGCGAAGAGGCCGACAUUCUUGCAGCAAUUGAUGAUGCCAUACAUGAUGGUGUCGAUGUUAUUUCUCUAUCUCUCGGUCCAAUCCCACCCCAACCGAUUUACUUUGAGGACGUGUUUUCGAUUGGAUCAUUUCAUGCGUUUGAGAAGGGGAUUGUGGUAUGUGCGUCUGGUGGGAACAGUAUUUUUCCAAGCACGGUGGGCAAUGUUGCCCCGUGGAUCCUCACUGUAGCCGCUAGCACAAUUGAUCGUGAGUUUCCGUCGUAUGUGGUUCUUGGAAAUCAUAAACAAUUGAAGGGUUUUAGUGUAAACACCACACCGGAUCAUGGGAAACAAUAUCGUUUGAUAUUCGGGAGUCAUGCUGCAGCUUUCGACACCCCUUCUAGAAAUGCAAGCUUUUGCAAGAGAAAUACCUUGGAUUCAAACCUGAUCAAGGGGAAGAUCGUAGUGUGUACGCUUGAGACAUUAUUUGAUGAUAAAAACGAAAAGGCAAAUGCAAUAAAAGAAGGUGGUGGUGCCGGGAUGAUCCUCGUUGAUGACCCUCUUCGGAAAGACGUUCUCUUUCAAUCUGUACUUCCAAGCGUUUCAAUUGGUCAAGAAGAAGCUCAAGAGCUUCAAUCAUACAUGAACACCUUCAAGAACUCAACAGCUAGAAUAUACCAAACAGUAACACAUGUUGGGAUUAAACCAUCACCAGUCAUGGCGAUUUUCUCCUCCAAGGGACCGAACAUAAUAACUCCUGACAUUAUCAAACCAGAUAUAACUGCCCCGGGAGUGAAUAUUUUGGCCGCAUGGUCACCUUUGGCGACAGAUGGCACUGCUGGCAACAGCCUCGACUAUAACAUGAUCUCGGGCACAUCUAUGUCAUGUCCACAUGUUGCUGCGGUUUCAGCACUUUUAAAAUCGGUUCAUCCGAAUUGGACCCCUGCCAUGAUUAAAUCUUCAAUAAUGACAACAGCUACCAUCACUGAUAACACCGGAGACCUCAUUAAAAACAACGAUUCUACAGAAGCAACGCCUUUUGAUUAUGGAUCAGGACAUAUAGAUCCGAUUGCAGCAGUCAACCCUGGACUUAUUUACGAUUUUGACACCAAUGAUCUCAUCAACCUCCUUUGCAGCAGCGGUGCAACUCUCUCACAACUCAAGAACUUGACCACAACACCAGUUUACUGCAAGAAUCCUCCCACAGCCUCCUACAACUUCAACUAUCCAUCGAUUGGUGUCGCUAAUCUGACUGGAAAUUUGUCGGUGUACAGGACAGUUACUUACAUUGGGAAAGGCCCGGCAGUUUAUUAUUCGAUAUUAGAUAUUACAGGAGUAAAAGCUUCGGUUUACCCUAAUGUUAUAAGCUUUCAGAAAUCGGGGGAGAAGAUGACUUACAGGAUUGAUUUUGAAGCUUAUAAGAGUAGCAAUGGUAGUUUUGAGUUUGGAUCAUUGACAUGGAUGAACAACCUUCAUAGGGUUAGGAGUCCGAUUGCAGUUAAUGUGGUACAGAUUUAG